AUGAACGCUCAAGGGAGAGCUGACAUCUUCUCGAACGGCCCCAUCUAUUACGCAAGCUCGAGCAGCCACGAUGCGACAUCUGCUACAGCACUGCAGAACCACCAGACUUUAGCAUACACCUUUGUCGGUCUCGUCUCUAUUUAUCUACUUGCGGACCAUUUUGGCUUCGCUCCAGUGUCCCUCAUCCAGUUUCUUUGGAACAUCUUGGUCUACAUAACGCCCUCGCGCAUCCUUGUCGCAUUAGACUCCCGAAUGUCGCCGUCCGAUUCCGACCCCUCCAACCCCUCGCAAAUGACCUUCCACGCCAAAAGCGAAUCCAUGCAACGUAUUCUCGGCCUCGACAGCACUUCCUUCCCUUCUUUUCCUCGUCCCAGGUCGCUUUCCGGUAUUGGCAGCGUUUUCUUGGGCAACAGCAGAGAUGCCACUCCUUCGGGGCUGGGAAACUGGGAUAACUCCUGCUAUCAAAAUAGCACAAUUCAGGGACUGGCCUCUUUGAAGUCUUUCUCGAACUUUCUCAAGCGAAAUGUCGAUGAAUUGGCGGAGAAGAGCCCACUGUCAACGCACCAAGCACUGCAAAGUAUUAUCGAGCUUUUGAAUAGCGCAUCGAACUCCGGAAACAAGUUAUGGAUCCCAUCGGAACUGAAGUCAAUGAGCAGUUGGCAACAACAAGACGCCCAGGAAUACUUUUCGAAACUGGUCGACCAAAUCGACAUCGAGAUUCGACAGGCUUCAAAAGGACAAACAAGGAACAUGGGGCUUAAGAUGGCUGGGCCGGAGGAAAACAUUCUUGGUGGCAAUACACAUGAGUCAACGACCGACGACGACUGCUCUAUAGCGGCUUCGACACACGAGGCGGCCCUUUUUCGCAAUCCCCUUGAAGGUCUACUCGCUCAACGAGUCGGGUGUACCAAGUGUGAUCACUACACCGCAUUGGAGGAAAUUGAAGGCGUGGAGUGUGCCAAAUGUACGCUCCUGCGUGCUCAACAGCAAUUGAAUAACCUCUUGGGUGAUAUUUCCGAAGUUGACAAGUUUGCGGACAAGUCCACGUCGCCUGGCUUGUCAGACGCCGUCCGAACUUCCGCCCAAACAAGACUCGAGGCCGUCAAUGCCGCCCUGGAGGCAGACGAUUUCGCCGAGAAGACGCUCACGGAAAAAUGCCAUAUUCCCUCAAAAAACCGGGUCACUUCCACAAAGUCUCGACAAGCGGUCAUUGCUCGAGCCCCAGAAUCUCUCAUUGUCCAUAUCAACCGAAGCCUGUUUGACGAGACGACCUAUUUACUCAAGAAGAACUACGCAGGCGUCAAUUUCCCCAGGAUCAUGGAUCUCAAUCAGUGGUGUCUUGGCGUUCGACCGACCGAAGAAUCCGGAGAUUCCCAUGAGAAAUGGAUUACGGACCCCUCCCAGUCAAUGCUCCCUCGUGCAGGUGAAGUAAUUGACAUUCCAAGCAGACGAUACGAGCUCAGAGCCAUCAUCACACAUUAUGGUCGACAUGAAAACGGGCAUUACAUCUGCUACCGCAAGUACCCCACGGCAGUUUUCCCAGCACCUGUCCCAGACGAAGUUCUACAGGCCGAAGGCGACAAGGAGAAACCGGAACGCUGGUAUCGACUCAGCGAUGACGAUGUCCAAAUGGUGAGCGAAGGCCAUGUGAUGUCACAGGGUGGUGCGUUCAUGCUUUUCUACGAAGCGAUCAAGGACAGCCUGUCCGAAUGCUCCGAGGAGGCGGUUGAUCCUGAAACCGUUCAGUUUGACCCAGCGGAGUCGCUAUCCAAUUUCACCAUGUCUGAAGACAUGUCCACGGCAUCUACAAUCACGGAUGCGGAUUCUAGCACAUCACGCGCAACUAGCGUUUCUGCCUCGGAUAAUCCUUUGCUUGCUGAUACAAUCAAGCUUUCGACUCCACCUUUGAAAACAGAAGAGGCGGUCGAUGUGAAUAUUCAGAACACCCCUGAUUCACUUACCUCCCCAUCUAUCGUCAGCGCGACCUGA